AUGUCUAAUCCAAGUAAAAAUCGAAAACGUAAGUGGGACCUUGAUGAUCAAGGUAAAGAAGCUCCUCCAUCAAAAACUGAUAAUUCACCACCAGUGUCCAAACAUGCAAAGCUUGAAAAAGGUAGUGAAGCAAUUGGAUCUGGUGGAAUUUCACCGACACCUUCGAACUCAGAUUCUGUUGAUCCAAACAUUGCUGCUGCUGUUGCCGCAGCGAAAAUUAACGCCAUGCUUGCCGCGAAGGGAAUUCAAAUUCCCGUUAAACCUCCUGUUACAGGUGUUAAACUUCAAACUCAAACUUUUGGAAAAUCAGAUACUGCUACCACUGAUACUAUAGAGGAAAAUAAGCAGAUUCAAUCAGCUAUUAAAGAAGCUGAUAUGGAUUUCAUUAAGGAUAUUACAAUAAACGAUUGUAAAAAUAGAUAUUUGCUAACAAAAGGGGCUACUCAGCAACAGAUUCAAAAGGAGACAGGCGCAGAUGUAACGACGCGAGGAAAAUAUUAUCCAGAUAAAAGUCUAGCCACCGACAAAGAUCCACCUCUAUUUUUGCAUGUCACAGCUCCAACGCAAGAAGCGCUUGAUCAAGCUGUGAAGAAAAUUGAAGAAUUGAUGGAACAAGCUUUUACUCCCGCACCCACAACUCCGACAGCUCGCCCAGGACCAACGCCACAUACAGGCACUCGUCAUUUUGUGCAGGAUAAAGUAUUUGUCGGUAUAGAACCCGAUCGUACUUUUAAUGCACGAGCGAAAAUAGUUGGGCCCCAAGGAGCUUUUGUUAAGCACAUUCAACAAGAAACUGGUGCCAAAGUGCAGCUAAAAGGACGAGGAUCUGGCUAUAUUGAACCUACUUCUGGUACAGAAGCAUUCGAACCUCUCCAUAUUCAUAUUACUCAAGAGGGUUUAGAUAGAGCAAAAGAACUGUGUCAGGAUCUCAUUAAUUUUGUAAAA